CCAGUUUUUAACUCAUUCUUUUAACUUUUACCUGGUAUCUUGGUUUGAAAGAACAAGAACAUUUGUGACAGUCAUCGACCCAAAUGAGAAUAAAUUUUUGAUGUUACUGCUUGAAGACUUCUUUGAUUGUGCACUGGUGAUUUGCAAAUGCAGUAAUGAAGGGCGCCUAGUGGCAGAAGCAAGUAUUUGCUGCGCUCUGCAUCUGGAGGCCUUGAGGACCCUCAACUCUAUACUUGACAGUGUCCCACGGGAAGAGAGAAAGAAGUUCCCGCUCUCUGAGGACAUGUGCUCACUCACGAAAGAUCUUGCAAAAACUAUACUGGAGGUUGGUGAUUAUGACCUUCAGGUUGCCCUUUCAGAAGCACUUUGUAGGUUAAUGAUAAAAAAAUGGAGGGAUGACCUUGUUCACCACUGGUUUGAAGAUAACUAUCUCGCUGAAGCUUUCAAAGAGAUCAAGGAUAGAGAAUUUGAGACGGACUGCAGAAAAUUUCUUAACCUACUAAAUGAAAGGCUUGGAGAUAAAAGAAGAGUCUACUCAUUUCCUUGCAUAUCUGCUUUUGCUGACAUGAAUGAGGUGAAGAAGCCAUCAGAUGAGAAACUGGAGGAGUUUUGGAUUGACUUCAACACUGGCAGCCAGAGUGUGACUUCUUUGGGACUCUGUGAGGCUGUCAAAAGAAAAUGUCAACAGUUACAGUGUGAAGGGUAA